AGGUCACUAAAUAUGACUAGCAAUUCAACCUUGAGCAUUGAUGACCUUCUCGACUACUUUGAUAUCAAGGAAGACGAACCCCCCAAACGUGUCAGGAACGAGACCAUCAUUUUUGGAGGACCUUUUGUCUAUUUUGUAGGAGUGGUCGGGAACGUUUUGGCUCUUACUGUCAUGCCACAUUUUGCGCGUCGUGUGUCCACAUACAUGUACCUCUUGGUUUUGUGUAUACUGGACUUGUGCGUGCUCCAUCUUGGUUUACUGGUCAUCUGGCUUCGAGAGAUUCUAGAAAUUGACCUCCACUCCCUGUCAAGUUUCUCGUGUAAGACUCUAACGUUUCUUGGCUACGUCUGCAGCGAUUCGUCUGUUUGGUUGGUGAUGGCUGUCACCUUCGAACGAUUCAUGACAAUGUGUCAUCCACUAAAGGCCACCUCUCUUUGCCGGGUCCGUCAGGCGGUGUUUAUCAUUAUCCUAAUUCUCGUCUUCAUCCUUUUGAUAAAUCUCCACAUAUUCUGGACAAUAGGUCUUAUGCCGGACAGCAAUAAUUCUACUGUGUGUGGUCAACGGAAAGACAUCACCCUUAUUUGGCCUUAUGUUGACUUACUGGUGUAUUUCGUCAUUCCAUUUCUAAGUACUGGAAUCUUCAAUUACAAAAUUAUAAGAAAAAUUCGCGGAAUGAAGAGAAAUUCCCAGCUAAACAUUUCCUUGACAAAUGUAAAGGCUUUCAUGACAAAGAAGACUAAUGUCAGAAAAAAGUUGACGGUGAUGAUGGUGAUUCUGUCGCUUACAUUUGUAAUAACGACAUUUCCUAUGGUUUGCAUGCUUUGUGUGACAGCGGUGCUGAAAACUCUCUCUCAACCUAUUGAUAUUAAUCGUCAACUGUUCAACAAAAUGUUUUCCUUUGCUGAACUCCUCAUGUUUACAAAUCAUGCUGUUAAUUUCUACUUAUAUGUCGCCAGUUCUAGAAAAUUCCGGAAGGCAUUAAGACAGGUUUUAUGUGAAUGCAAAGUUUCUGACUCUUCUGUUUUUGAACGCUCAGAGAAUAAGUACAGUAAUAACUUUGUUGCAGCCGACACGCUGUAUUCUUGA